CUCUGACUAUGGGUCCUAGUGAGGGUCUUCGUAUUAUGUGUGUGAUGUGGGGCCACGGGUGUGACCUCGAGCUCAAGAGUUGAGGGUUAGAGCUGCACCUGUGCCCGCUGACAUUAUGCUCUAUCCUUGACCAGAGUUGAUCAGUUUAAAGGUGACACAGUCAGAAGACCUACAUUUGACGCUUGCCUUUGAAAAACUGCAGCAUAAGCUGCCUCCAAAGAGAUCUAGGAGCGUCCCGAAGUGCAAGCUUUUUUAAAAAAUGACAUUUAUUUCGAAGGAGGGUUGCUAUCACGGCGUGCUUGUGGAGGUCAUAGGACAACUUGCGGGACUCAGUUCCACCGUGACUCUUCCUGUUCUUGUGCCAUUUGGCUGAAGUAGGACGGAGUCAGGGUUUGAGGACUGACAGAUUCUAAACCUGGGCUUUGAAAGCCACCAGAUGCCACAUGGAACCAAGGGCCCCAUGCCCAGCUGCCAUACCCUCAAUGGAGAGAAAGUUCCAUGUUCUUGUGGGGGUCACUGGAAGCGUUGCUGCCCUGAAGCUUCCUCUCCUGGUGUCAAAGCUUUUGGACAUUCCUGGGCUGGAAGUCACAGUGGUAACCACUGAGAGAGCCAAACAUUUCUAUAGCCCCCAGGAUGUUCCUGUCACCCUCUACAGUGAUGCUGAUGAAUGGGAGAUGUGGAAGCGCCGCUCUGACCCAGUUCUCCACAUUGACCUGCGAAGGUGGGCUGACCUCAUGCUGGUGGCUCCCCUUGACGCCAACACUUUGGGGAAGGUGGCCAGUGGCAUCUGUGACAACUUACUUACCUGUGUCAUCCGGGCCUGGGACCUCAGCAAGCCUCUACUCUUCUGCCCCGCCAUGAACACCGCCAUGUGGGAGCACCCUCUCACUGCACAGCAGGUGGGCCAGCUCAAGGCCUUUGGCUAUGUGGAGAUUCCCUGUGUGAGCAAGAAGCUGGUGUGUGGAGACCAAGGUCUAGGAGCCAUGGCCGAGGUGGAGAGCAUUGUGGGAAAAGUGAAAGAAGCACUCUUCCAGUGCAGGGGCAUCCAGCAGAGUUGAACUGGGGUUUUUGUCCUGGUGUCCGUACACCCAGUGAAUUCAGCCUGAGCUGCUGAAGAGGGAAAUCACCACAGCAUGAAGAGCCUGUGUUCGCAAGGAGGGGCUGGCGUGCACCUUCUCAGAGCUCCCUGGGGACCGACCCUCUCCAAGUUAAACAGAACUACAUACCUAGGUCCUACCUUCUUCCAACCAGGAGAUGCCUGCUUUCCUGAGGCCCACCCGUUUCUUCCUGGGAUAGGCCCCGAAAGCUGAAGCUGGGCAAUGAUGUUACUACUGGAAGAAUAAUCGAAUGACUGAGGACCUCCUGCUUGGAAAUGCUUUCAGGAACACGAUGGCUGACACUGUGCAUGGUGGCUCAUGUCUAUAAUCUUAACACUCAGAAGACUGAGGCAGGAUUGCCACAGCUUUGAAGUUGGCUUGGGCUACAGAGUGAGCCAGACCCGUGAGUGUGACAGCCUAUUUCAAAACAAAAGCAAUAAGAAGAAACAGCAUAGCUCAAGAUCCCUGGCACAGCAAGCUCCUGAUCAGGCCUUGGAAGCUUCCAUUCUUUGGUACCCCGGUGUCACACAGAGUCAGGAAGUCUGUGAGGUGGCAAGACUCUUCACAUUUCCCACAGACUGUACUGGGAGUCGGGGCAGUUCUGGGAAAUAAAGAAA